AUGGCUGACUCAGAUGAUGAUUAUGAAGCUAGGAAAGUGUCCUUGAUCUGUGACGAGGAGGAUGAGGAUCUCCUGAGUUCAGCUACAGAAGGCGCCGAGAGUGAUGGGGAUUACCACUACGAUGGUGGGGAGCUGCAUGCGAUAGACAGACUGAAGAGGUUUUGGGAUCAGCGAAGAUACAAGACCUCAACGAUGUUGCUUAUCGUGAUCUUCUCUCUCGUGAAGGCCUUGGAAUACCUGAUGAGAGAAAACUACAAGUCUGAUCUUCGGCGAGGAGUGGGACGUGCAAGUGUCUGCAGCGUCCAAUUCUUCGCGCAGGUUCUCAGCCUGCUUGCUUCCGUGGCCAUAUCGCUCCACCAAGAAGGAAGCUGGCGCUUCAUGCGCCGCGUUCUGUGGAGCUCCAGAAUACUGCACUUCGGACUGCUUGGCGCGAUGUUCAUGUUUUCAUUCUGGCUCCAGAUCAGCGCCAACACUCGCCAUGGGCCGAAAGUUUGGUCCAACAUUGCGAGCUAUUCUGGUACUGUUCUGGCUCCCUUUCUCAGCAUGCUGUACUUCAACCGUGUCUACGGCACGAUGCAGUGGCUCUGCUUUCUCAUGAUUACGUUCGCUUUGUGUACGUUCAUCGCCCUCCGGGAGCGUUACUCCGAGUGCCCGGCAUACUCCGACAUUCGCUGUGGCUCACGGCAGGCUGUGCUCUGGAUACAAUCGAACGCGGACUUUGCCGGAGCCGGCAUUGCCUUCGCAGCCAUCAGUCUGCGGAUCUUCGCAUCAAUUCUCCUCGAGCGCUUGUUUCACACCUGGAAGGAUUAUUAUGCAGUUCUCAAAAUCAACAUGGACUUUGCGGCCUGUGGUGUUGCUAUGUUGGGUUGGCUGCUGGCGGAUCAAAUCACAGACGAAGCCACAAAGUUUCAGCUGAACUCCUCCACGUUUUGGGGUACCUGGGCUGCAGAAGACUACGCUUUGGUAGCGGUUCUGGCUGCUUGGUUCUGGCUGAGCGGCCUGAUGGUCAAGCAGCUGAGCACCACCGUUUGGGUCAUGUUUGGCCAACUUGCCGCGACAACUGCAAUAUUCAUCAAGGAUCCGCUCUCUGCUGAUGAGCACAACUUCGGUGUUCGUCUUGGGCCAUCCUUGAUGCUGCUGAUCAUCGCAUGGAUGGCGUCUCUUAUGAGGAGGACCGCUGAAGUAUAUGAGGACGAAAGAAAAAUGGGUGUCGUCGAUGCGCGGAAAGUUGUUGUCGGACAGGAGGACUGGGCGGCUGCCGCCAGUGCGCAAACGAAUGAGAUCGACUCGAUAUCUGACAAGCUUUGGCAUGGUGUGUGCAUGUCGAGUGAUCCCCUUUCAGCAGACGAGCUCCCAUCUGGCAGCCCGUGGCUAGUUUGCGGCUACGACAAGGAGGAUGAACUGCAUCACUUGCACAAGGAAGAGGAGGAAGAGGAGCAAAGCUCCGGUUCAGGCAUGGACACGCAGAUGCUGGUGAUUUCCCUCGCCUAUGCAGCGACUGAUACAUUGAAAACACUCCUGAACUCCUAUGCACUCUCAAGCUCACAGAUCAACGUGAACUCCAUGUCCUUCCUGUCUUUCCUCGUAGGACUUAUCUUCGCUUCACUGAUGACCUGGUAUGCACAUGGACUGGGCUGCUCACGGCAAUCGGACGAGGAGAGUGCGGUGGAGAAGCCUGAAAAGGGGCUCCUGCAAGCCUGGAACUUCCGAAAAAUCUUGGAAUAUUCGGGCUCGUCGGUCUUACAAGCAGCGACCAUGUGCCUCAGCAACAUGGCCUUUGCCUUCGGUCUUUCCCCCGCAAUGUCUGCAGUGCUGGGCAAGGUGUACACGCCGGUUCUGGCUGUUGGGGAGCGGCUGAUCCUGAAGAAGCGCAGGAAGACGAUUGAAUGGUUUGCCGUUACCAUCCUGACGCUCGGCACCUUCGCAUUCCUCUAUCUGCAGAUAUAUGACUACGAGGAAGGAUUGGCGAAGGCAAUGUCCAACUCCUUCCCGCUCAUUUUGUGCAUUCUCGGUGCUUGCACGGCCGCAAUCCAGGCGUUAGUGUCGCAGGGCAUCUACGAAGCCAAUCGCGAUGUGGACUUCUACAUGAACAAAGUUCGCUUUGAUGCCGGGAGUGCAGCUUUCAUUCUCGUUGCCGUGCCGCUUCUAAGCCUCACGGCCAGUCGCGGCAAGGACCUUCUGUGGUUGCCACGAGCUGUAAAUGCCGACUGCGACGUGAGCCAGUGCUGGCCAAAGGUUCCAUCUCUGGCGAACGGGGGCUCGAUACAUUGGCCUUGGUCAAUGGAGGAGAGCAUGAUGACCUGCACGCCGGAGGCUUGCACAGGCAGCUGCGCCUGUCAAACCGGCCUCUUUGCCGGAUGGGGCCUGCAGCCGGAGCUGUACUUGUUCUUGGGAGUGACUGCUGCUAGGCUUGCAGGCAAAAUGCACUUCCGAUGUUGUAUCGAUUCCAACUUGCUAACCGCAGCGCUCAUGGAUCCCCGUUCUCUCUCAGCCAUGCGCAUAUGCUUGUACAAGAGGUUGCAGGAGACCACUCGGGAACCGCAAUUGCAGUAUCGCCUGGAGCGGCUCUACCAACAAAUGGUGUGCAUUGAGCACGAGAUGGUGUCAAGUAUUGCCCGCACUUCUGCGGACGACGAAGUGAAGCACAAGAUCAACGGGAUGCAGCUUCGAAUGCAAAGUGUCAUUAGGGAUGAGCUGAACUCUUUGUGUGGUUCGACCCGCGAGCCAGCAGAAAUCGCACGAGACAUUGGCUGCUGCGUGCUUCAAGCAACGUCAAGUCAUGGGCGAGACAUAAAUGGACACAACGACGACUACCGCCUAGAAAACCACAUUGACAUGGUAUCGGACAAGGUGAGGGUCGCGGCUUUUAGGUCUGCAAUCUCCCGUUGUGCGAAAGGGAAGUCUGUGCUGGAUGUUGGCACGGGGGCCUUCUGUUUGCUAGCUCGCAUGGCUCUGUGCUCUGGUGCUUCGCGCGUGGAUGCGGUGGAGGUGAAUGCCAAGGCCGUCACUCAUGCUGCCAAGUUGUUGCGCCAUGAGGUCACCAUGAGGAAUCGGAGUCAGAAUCUGAUAGAGGGCUUGAAGCUAGAUGAAGAGCUCUCCACCUCCUUCCCGGACAUACCACCAUUGGCCGAGCCCGAUGCAUCGGUUACAUCCUUGGAAGCCGAGACAACUGGGCAGCUUGACAGAGCCCCGAGCGCACCCUGUUACACAGUUUUGGUGCGAAGCCCAGCGGUCUCCUCUCGGCUGCGCUUGUAUUCGGGCUCUCUGCAGAGCCUACACUUGCAGGGUCCUUACAGUCUCAUCGUGCAUGAGCUGCUGGGCCACAUCGCCAGCUCAGAGGGGGUGGCUGAGACCCUUCAAACUUUGCGAUGUCGUGGUCUCUGCACGGAGCGAUGCACCUUCAUUCCGAGUGCUGCAGGUACGCUUUUCGCACCGACCAGCAAACUGAAAGCAAGUUCUCUGGAGAAAGUGCUUCACUGCUUCUUUAAUGCUGAAACCAGAAUCCAAACACAAACAAAAUACCACGCCAGGGGUUUUGAUGCCGCCAGGCUGAUGGCAAGGCCGCGGUUCUUUGAGUUUUUGGAGUUUUCGGUUGAAGGCUUGGCAAAGCUGGAGAAUACCUGUCGGAGUCGAGUGGUGUUCAUAACCGACAAGGAGGGCGAGUUCGAUGGCCUUCACUUCCAUUUGCAUGUGCAGCUGGACGAGCUCACCGAAAUUGACACCUUGUCUUCUGCAACGACUUGGUCCACAACCUAUGUGAAGUUGUUGGAGCAAGCCGUGUGGCUCCCGGAAGGUGCCCGCAUAGUUUGCGAGUGUGAGUCGGGGUCGAGGUCUGGAAUGCGACGAUACUCGGUAGAUGUGUCCGUGGGGGAACCGUGGGAUGAACGGCCGCUAGCUUCUUUCUGCUGGGAAGGGGCAUACGAGCACCGCCAGCAGAAGAUGUACGACGGCUCGCGGAACGUGACGGAUGCACAGACAGAGUUUCUGUUAAAAUCGCGGGCGUCUGUGAAAGAACGCGAGAAUACGAAGACGUGGCUGCUGCAAGCAAAGCGGCUGUGCCCCGGGCAAAUCCACGAGUCCCGUUCAGCCAUGAGCAGGGGCGAAAGAAUGAAGCACGGUUCUGUACGGUACCUUGGCCUGCAAUGCAAGAUAAUGCAAGGCAGUUCUGUGAUCGAUUUUAUGAGAAUCCUGGUCGGCAUCAUCUAUGACAAGUAUGGAUCGCUUCACCGCGCCAAGUGCGACGCAUUUGGACUGCUGUUGGUCUACUGGGUUGGCAACCCUUUGCUCAACUACUUGACGGAGGGCACGAGCUUCCACGUGAGUCUGCGGGACGAGUGCUUGGACAUCGUGUCCUUCAUCGUACCUCUGGCAGCUUUGUCCACGGACAUAGGGAAGAUCAUGACAUCGGAAAUGCUGCAGAAGGUGUCUGCAUUCCGUAUGGGUCUUUUCGCCGGCCUGCUAUCACGCGUUCGUGGCCGGGAGGUCGUCGUGAUGUUCAGUGAUCCAGGUGGUGCCCAGGAGGAAGAGUUCCAAGAAAUUAUAGAGCUUCUGGAUCAGCGCGCUGCUGAUAUUCGAAAGAAGGGUGCGCUUGUCCGUGUGGUGGAUGACAGAGAUAUUCCUGAUCACUGGCUGGGCAAACUGAGAAUACUCUUCAACUCCAAUGUUGGCAAAACUCAGCAGAAAGCGUACAAAAGCUUGCGCGACCUUCUGAGCGACGCCAGGAUCGAGUCUGCACCAACCAGGGUCGCGAUUGGCGUCAAUUCUUGGAGCCGAAACUACCACAUGGUCGCACUAUGCAGGCACGGAGUCAGUGCCAGCACAGCUGGCCUGAGCCAAAGCUCCGUGAGAAGCCUGGGAAUUCAGGAGAUCAAGGACUGCAAGGAGGCUUUCGCGAAAGCGGCCAGCAUGCAUGAAAAGCUGAUGAAAGUCACCAAGGAUCCUGUGCACCGCCAUCACCAAACAUCCCUCGAAGCCCUGAGGGACGGCUUGAAGCCACAAGAAGCGACACCGCCAUACGUGCAGUUCAUAUCAGAGGAGAGGUGA